GCGCAUGCGUGAAGUCGACGAGGUCUGAACCUCCUGUCCAGCAGGUGGCGCGCCCGUUGUGUGCUAGUGUCAGUCCUGCUACAUGUGACAUUGGCAUCAACAGAGGCACAAUGCGGCUGACAGCUGUCCUGUCGAUGGCAGCCAGGGUUGUUGUACCCAAAUAUUACCGAUACGGGACCAAUAGACCGUGGACCGUGGCUGCUAAAAGGAUGAAUCCACCUGGGAAGAAGAGGAGAAAGGUGUUCGUGGAACCCCUGGAACCAGAGGACUGGUCUGUGCUCAAAGGGGACAUGGUCGAGAUUCUUGCAGGGAAAGACAAAGGAAAACAGGGAAAGGUUAUCCAAGUCUUCAGACGCAGAAACUGGGUUAUUCUGGAGGGACUGAACACACAUUACAGGUAUAUUGGAAAGGCCUCAGAUUACCGUGGGACUUAUGUUGCGAGCGAGGCUCCUUUGUUGCUCCGUGAUGUUGCACUCAUUGACCCAUCAGACAGGAAGCCCACUGAGACUGAGUGGAAGUACACAGAGGAGGGGGAGCGAGUUAGAGUAUCCGCCAGGACGGGUCGAAUCAUCCCAAAACCUGUGGUGGAAAGACGAGAUGGCAUUGUGCCACAGCAGUGGAAAGAUGGGCCUAAAGAUACCAGUCCUGAAGACACUCUAGAAAAGACUUACGUUCCAUCUUUAAAGACUCUGGAGGAGGAAGUAAUGGAAAAACUGGGUAUCCAGGAGGACAGGAGGCACCGGAGGUCCUACUGGUACUAACCAGAGACAUCAAAGACAUUCAUGCUCCAUGUUAUUCUGCCCGUUUUUCACAGGGUCUCUGAACAUACCUUCUUCUGACUGGAGUCCAGCUACCGGCCAAAUCGCCUAAAACUAUGUGAGCAUGCUAAGAGAAAGGUGAAAAGACUUAAAAAUGCUGUUGGAAAUUACAAAGAUUGUAAAAAUUAUGAGGAAUAUACUGCAUAUCCACAGCUUAAAUGUAUUCUUUAUUAUUCUGUUUUUCUUUAUAACAUUGUUAAUAAAUAUGAAACUUGA